GAAACUAUAAAUAGCCCCCGCCCGCCGUUUCCGAGCCAUCCUGCUGCACGUACGCCAUUUUAGCACAGCGAGGUCUGACAGUUUGACUCGAGGUCACAACCAUGAGUGGAUGCCGAGUGUUCAUUGGCCGCCUGAGCCCACACGCCCGGGAGAGAGAUGUGGAGAAGUUCUUCAAGGGCUACGGGCGCAUCCGGGAGAUCAACCUGAAAAACGGCUUCGGCUUUGUGGAGUUUGACGACUACAGGGAUGCGGAUGAUGCCGUGUACGAGCUGAACGGCAAGGAGCUUUGCAGCGAGAGGGUGACCAUUGAGCAUGCUCGGUCCCGCCGUGGCAGAGGAGGUGGUCCUGGAAUGGGUGGACGCUUCUCUCCACGCUUCCGAGGCUACCGUCAGUCCCGCAGCGGAGGAUCCAGGUACGGUCCUCCUGUCCGCACGGAGCACAGAAUCAUCGUGGAGAACCUGUCCUCCCGCAUCAGCUGGCAGGACCUGAAGGACCUGAUGCGGAAAGUUGGAGACGUGACGUUUGUGGACGCCCACAGAACCAAAAAGAACGAAGGGGUUGUGGAGUUUGCCAGUCACAGCGACAUGAAGAACGCCAUUGAGAAGCUGGAUGGCACCGACCUGAACGGCCGCAAGCUCAAACUGUACGAGGACCGCGAGAGGAACCGCAGCCGAAGCAGAUCCCGCAGCUCCUCUCGAUCCCGAUCCCGCUCUCGCUCCAAAUCAGCCAGCCGGAGUCGCAGCCGCGAGAGCAAGCGCGAGAGCAAACGCUCCCGCAGCCGGUCGCGCUCCCCCAGCAGAACUCCGGAGAAGAAACCAUCGCCAGCGUCCCGCUCCAGAUCGGCUUCGCCGUCUCCCUCCGCUCAGAGGAAACCGUCCCGCUCCCGUUCCCGCUCCCGCUCCCGUUCCCGCUCUCGCUCCCGGUCCGCUGAGAGUCAGCACUGAGAGCAGAGCGGACGUGUGUGUGAGCGCGAGUGGCUGAGUGUGUUGAAAGUUUAAAAAGUACAAAAACGUGUAAGUUUUUGUGUUUAUGUAUCAUAAAAGGAAAAGUUCGAUCAAAGAAGCUGCAGCUGGAGGAAUACGUUCACAUUUUCCAACCUUAUCUUUAUCGGCUGAAUUUAGGACGGAUGAUCAUUUCAACGCGUUUCCUUCAGCAGGGAGAGCUCUGGCUGGUGGACUGAGCAGGUGGAGUGUUCACAGGAAAACGUGGUGAAAUGGUCUGUUUACAGAUUAGUUUGGAAAACGCGGCGGUAUUCCUCACAGCGAAACCGGCCUUCCGUUUGCAGCCGCGUUGGCACGUUUGAUCGAGCUAUUCCUUCAUGCAUCAUCGAGUAAACUUCCUUUUUCCCUCCUGUAACAUGCUUUAGUUUGACCUGUGCCUCGUUUGAUUGACUGCAGUAAUUGGUUGCAGGUUUAUUUUUGUCUCUGUGAAUCGCUCCCAGUGACGUCCGCUGCAUUUUUUGGCUUCAGGUGUUUUUUGUAGUGAAGCACUUCAGUAAUAAACACAGGACUCUCCAUCAUCUGUGCAGACUUGUGCGCCGGACCACAGCCACACUUUUCUAAAUUGUUUUUAACCGUAACGCUGGGACAGGUGCGAUUUCCCAGAGGUCUGUGUAUUUUGAUUUAUUACUUUGUAGGAGUCUUUAGUUUGAAGUCGUUGACUUUUUUGUGAUGUUUUCUUUUGAGCUGUCCUGCAGGUUCUAUAAAUUAACUGUGAAUACUGAUUUAUAACAAAUAAACUAUAAAUCAACUUCC